CAACCGCAUCCAAGCCUGGGGGUUCACGAUGGAUGACGGGCCGUCAUAACGUCCCCGUCGUACCAUGGCUCACGUCGCACGCCCAAAUCCGGAGAUUUACCCUAUUGCGGAUACUGCUGACGUCUCGGCGACUGGGAGGAGCCUGCUAGAACACCCGGUGGUGCAAGCGCCGGGCCUGGGAGAUUUUCGUGUGACGCCAUGCGAAGGAAUCCACCUAAAUCUAACGGACAUGGGGAGGAGGCGGCCGGAGAGACUUUGUUUCAUCUGGCACUCCCUCCCAUGGGUGGUCAUGUUGUCUGUCCAGCUCGCUUCCUCGGAUGCGCGCCUGUGUUUUCCUUCCAGCUGCCGACAUCCUUGCGACGGCGAUCUGUCGCGUCUCCACCUCGCGAUCCCUUUUGCCUGCGACGCGAUUUGGGCCCCGAGGGCUCGCGUCCAUGCCGCCAGCGCCCAUCCGGAGCGCACCGCCAUGCCCCAGUGGGGCGGCCAGGCCCACCGGCGUAAGGCUGCGACAGCAGCGCAGCAGAACCUGAUUAGCCGACAACAGAAAAACCUGCUGGCGCCCCACUUGGAUGGCUGAUUCAUCCAUUCAUUGGCGUAAAAAGACUCUGGCCUGCCCUCAAAUCAUCUUUCG